GAGGAGGAGGAGGAGGGCGGCGGCGGCGGCACCGGGCGAGGCGGCGAGAGCGGCGGCUUUUGCGAGUCCCCCGGGCGGGCAGGGCAGGGGCCGGCCAUGGCGGAGCCGAGCCCCGAAGAUCCCCCUCCGAGCCUCAAAGCCGAGACGCAGCCCCCGGAGAAGCGGCAACGCACCAUCGAGGAUUUCAACAAAUUCUGCAGCUUCGUCCUGGCUUAUGCCGGCUACAUCCCCUCCUCCAAAGAGCAGGAGAAUGACUGGACGCCGUCUGGCUCCAACUCCCCACUCCGUCCGGAGAGCGUGGUGGACAGCGACGGCUGGGAAUCCACGCAGUCGGACCUCCACACCAUCGAGACCUUCGUCAAGAAGGCCAAGUCGUCGAAGAAGAAAGCGGCCUUCCGUCGCCUGAAAUCCGACAGCUCCUUGCUGGAGAAGAUGAAGCUUAAGGACUCCCUUUUCGACUUGGACCCUGUGGGCAAGCAGCCGCCCCCGUUAGCCGGGCCCAAAGUCGCCGCCGACAAGAAGAAGGACAAGAGGAACCGGAAGGCCGCCUUGGAAGCCGGGGCCGCCGCCGCCGCCAAGCGCAACCGCAGCGACUCGGUGGGCGAGAAGCGCUCGCGCAUCAAAAAGAGCAAGAAGCGGAAGUUGAAACGGUCGGAGCGGGGCGAGAAGCCGAAGCACAAAACCUCCGUGAGCGAGACGGACUCGGAAGAGGAGGAAGAGUUGGAGGAGGAGGAGGAGGACCGGGCGGCCCCGCUGCGGCCAGGCGGGGAGGAAGGGGCGGGGGCGGCCACAGCGCGGGUCUCGGUCCAGGCGCCGCCGGAGCUGCUGGCCGCCACUUUCCCCAUUAAGCUGGAGGACACGGAAGGGAAGGAGGGCGUCAGCACGGAGACCAGCCAGGACGGGGAAGGGAGCUCCAGCGAAGGCGAGAUGAGGGUGAUGGACGAGGACAUCAUGGUGGAAUCAGGCGACGACUCGUGGGACCUCAUCACCUGCUACUGCCAGAAGCCGUUCGCGGGGCGGCCCAUGAUCGAAUGCAACCAGUGCGGCACCUGGAUCCACCUCUCCUGCGCCAAGAUCAAGAAGACAAACGUCCCCGACAUUUUCUUUUGCCAGAAGUGCAAAGAAAUCUCGCGGAAGCAGGCGCUGCUGGCCCCUCAGCCCCCCGCGGCUCUCAGCGCGACGGUCCCCCCGGCGUCGCGGGCAGCUGGGGGGGAGCCCUAGCACAGGAGGGGGGCGGGCUGUGGCUCUCGGUCGGGCUUUCGUCCCGCGAAGGGGGGGAAAAAAAACAAGACUGUAGACGGAGCAGAGAGAGAGAGAGAGACGGGAGGUGGGGGGCUGCUCUGGAUUGGGGUCCCCUUUGAUCCUCGGGGCCCGAAGACGAGGCGCCGGGCUAUAGGAAGAGUGGCGGCAGCAGCGGCGGUCACGGCUAGGCUGCAAGCGGGGUCCUCCUGGCCUCGACACCCCCUCUUCUCUCCUGCUGGUGGCCCCUAUUGGGCAUUCGGGCGAUCCGGGAAAGGUCCCGUGUCUACUCUUGGGCCGCCGGCCGUAAGGACAGCCGGGGGGGGACGACAACGGAUGGUUUCCUUUUGGACUCUUCUUCUUCUUCCUCUUCUCUGUGUCCUGCUCCACCGUCUCCUUCUUCUCUGUAAAUAGAGGACAAAAAAAGGUUUUGUUGUUCUGUUUUUUUCCAAACCCCCCUCCCUCUUUCUUAUCCUGGUUUCUCCCCCCCUCUCCUUCUCCCCCCCGGGGAAGGUUUUAAACCCCCCUGAUUUUGGGAUGGUUGAUUUUGACCCCCUGUGGAGGGGGGGAUGUCUGUGAGAGGCAAAAAGAGGGCAGAUCUGGGGGGUCUCCAAAGGUGGGCCCGACUGGUGGACUCCAACUCCCAGAAUUCCCCAGCCAGCAUCGCUGGCUGGGGAAUUCUGGGAGUUGGAGUCCACCAGUCGGGCCCACCUUUGGAGACCUCUCCCCCCUCUGGUUUAAACCAAUGGAGAGCAGGAGAGGAGGGGGAAAUCACCUUAAUUUCCACCCCACACCCCAUGUUGACCCCCUCCAGGCCUUUUGAGGCCAGGGAGGGGCGGGAAGGGAGCCUGACCGUUUUUUGGGGGGGGGGGUUGAGGCUGGGCCAGGCCCCUCUCUCUCCCCCCCUCCCCUUUUUUGUUUUAAUAUUUGCAGAGGUGUACAUGGCAGAGUUUUCGACUGUAAAUAAAGACACGUAGACCCUUUGACAGUU